CGGGGGCGGGGCCCGCGGGUCACGUGCCGGGCCGCCCGCGCACAGCUGGAGGCGGUGCCCGGCCUCCCCACGAGCCGUGGAGCCCGUGGCGCGCGGGGCAUUGUGGGCCGAGGGGCGGGGGUUGGGAAGAUGGCGGCUCCCAGCCUCCUCAACUGGAGGCGGGUUUCCUCCUUCACAGGGCCGGUGCCCCGCGCCCGGCACGGACACCGAGCCGUGGCCAUCCGGGAGCUGAUGAUCAUCUUCGGAGGGGGCAACGAGGGCAUCGCGGACGAGCUGCACGUCUACAACACCGUUACAAAUCAGUGGUUCCUACCAGCUGUUAGAGGAGACAUCCCUCCAGGCUGUGCAGCCCAUGGAUUUGUCUGUGAUGGUACUAGAAUACUAGUGUUUGGGGGAAUGGUUGAAUAUGGAAGAUACAGCAAUGAGUUAUAUGAGUUACAAGCAAGCCGCUGGUUAUGGAAGAAAGUGAAGCCCCAGCCUCCUCCUUCUGGUUCACCUCCUUGUCCUAGGCUUGGGCAUAGCUUCUCUUUGUAUGGUAACAGGUGCUACUUGUUUGGUGGUCUGGCAAAUGAAAGCGAAGACUCAAAUAAUAAUGUUCCCAGGUAUUUAAAUGAUUUCUAUGAGUUGGAACUACAGCAUGGUUCUGGUGUCGUGGGCUGGAGCAUCCCAGCCACCAAAGGCAUUGUACCUUCUCCAAGAGAGUCCCAUACUGCGAUUAUAUAUUGUAAAAAAGACUCUGGGCGUCCUAGGAUGUAUGUUUUUGGUGGAAUGUGCGGUGCUCGCCUGGAUGACCUAUGGCAGCUUGAUUUAGAAACUAUGUCAUGGUCACAACCAGAAACAAAGGGGACGGUACCACUUCCACGAAGCCUCCAUACAGCCAGCGUCAUUGGAAACAAGAUGUACAUUUUUGGUGGAUGGGUUCCACACAAGGGGGAAAAUACUGAGAAUUCACCUCAUGAUUGUGAAUGGAGAUGUACCAGCUCAUUUUCUUACCUAAAUCUAGAUACAGCAGAGUGGACAACUCUAGUAUCAGAUUCUCAGGAAGAUAAAAAAAAUUCAAGGCCCAGACCAAGAGCUGGACACUGCGCUGUUGCAAUCGGAACUCGAUUAUAUUUUUGGAGUGGAAGAGACGGCUACAAAAAAGCACUUAAUAGUCAAGUUUGCUGCAAGGAUCUUUGGUAUCUUGAUACUGAGAAACCGCCAGCACCAUCACAAGUCCAGUUGAUCAAAGCUACUACCAACUCUUUCCAUGUCAAGUGGGACGAAGUGCCGACGGUUGAGGGCUAUCUUUUGCAAUUGAAUACUGACUUGCCAUACCAAGCUGCAUCACCUGAUUCUUCAGCAGCACCAAAUAUGCUAGGAGGCAGGAUGGACCCUCACAGACAAGGCAGUAAUAGCAUCCUUCAUAACAGUGUUAGUGAUACAGUAAACAGUGCAAAGACUGAACACACAGCCAUGAAGGGAACUGCAGUGAGGAACAAACCAGAUUUCAGAGCAACAGAUUCUAAUGCUGCUUUACAUUCCCCUUUGGCGCCUAAUGCUUCUAAUAAUAACAGUUGUGUGACGGAUAUGCUAUGGAAGAAUGAAGUUGAUGAAAUAUGUGCUCUGCCUGCAACUAAGAUCAGCCGUGUAGAGGUGCAUGCUUCAGCAACGCCCUUUUCUAAAGAGACACCUUCAAAUCCAGUGGCCAUUUUGAAAACAGAACAACAAUGGUGUGAUGUGGGAAUUUUUAAAAACAAUACUGCUUUGGUGAGCCAGUUUUAUUUGCUACCAAAAGGAAAACAAAGUAUGUCAAAGGUAGGAAAUGCAGAUGUACCUGACUACAGUUUACUUAAGAAACAAGAUCUUGUUCCAGGAACAGUAUAUAAAUUCAGAGUUGCUGCAAUCAAUGGUUGUGGAAUAGGCCCUUUCAGCAAAAUCAGUGAAUUUAAAACGUGUAUCCCUGGUUUUCCUGGAGCUCCUUCCACAGUCCGUAUCUCCAAGAAUGUCGAAGGUAUCCACCUUUCCUGGGAGCCUCCAACUUCACCUUCUGGGAAUAUUUUGGAAUACUCCGCCUACUUGGCUAUCCGCACAGCACAGGUGCAGGAUAAUCCAAGCCAACUUGUGUUCAUGAGGAUCUACUGUGGUCUUAAAACCUCGUGUAUCGUGACUUCUGGGCAGCUUGCAAAUGCGCACAUUGAUUACACAUCCAGACCUGCCAUUGUAUUCAGGAUAUCAGCAAAGAAUGAAAAGGGCUAUGGACCAGCCACCCAAGUUCGAUGGCUUCAAGAUCCAAAUAAAAAAUAGAAAGAAGCAAAGACUGAAAAUUAGUAUAUGGAUUCUUCCUUACCCAUAUAACUAUUUAUAAAGGAAAAAAGAGCAAAACAAAGAUAAAAGCUGUGCGGUGUAUUGCCCUUAUCUCUUGUAAAGGCUACGACGUAACUCAGUCAUCCUGCAGCUACUGAGAUGAGCCGAGUGACUAACUGGCUGUUGUACGCCUUGCUGUGGUGAAAGUGUUCCACAUUGUAAAUGCCCUGCCUGAGUAUCCUUCUGCCCUUAUCCCAUGAGCAGUGCUUCUCUACCAGCUAUUUCCAGUGCAUAGGAUUUAUGAUACACAAACUUACUCCUUUAUUUAUAGUUAUCACAAGCCUAAGAAGUUGAAAAAAAGAAAAACAAGUGCAGGAACUCUGUCUUGUUUUUUUCCCUGAGAAUCCUAGAAAAAGGAUAGUGAUAGUCUUGAUUGGUAUAUGACCAAUGUAUCUGAAUAUAUCUUUAGCUAAAGCACUUACUCUGUCUGGCCCUUAAUGUCUUCACUAGCAGGAGAGAGAGUUAGAAGAGUUUCCAUGAAGGCCCCUUUCAGCUCUAGUGUUUGGUGUUUUCCUUAGAGGUCGGGUGUCCCUGAACGCUGUGGCUUGUAGUAGUCUUCCUCACUCUAACUGGGCUUUUCCUUGACUCACUACAAAUCAAAGCCUGUGUCCUUCCUGAAGAAAGAAGUAAGCACCUUAACAGGACACAGCUUUAACUAGUGUUUUAAACAUUUGUAAGAUUUUUGUAAAUGCUCUAGAUGUUUUAUUUUUGCAUUAUUUUUACCUCAAAAUUGUAUAAGCUUUUGUAUACCAGAAAUAAAAAGCAUCAGACAGCCAAUUCAGGCUCCUUACCACCUUAGAGAUGCAGAUAAUUCCGUGACUAUUUGGCUGCAGGUAACUUACUUUACACCUUCUGAAGUCUCUUAGUUUGACCGCUUAGUCAGUUUGGAAAUGAGUAUGUACAGGCAGUAACUGCAGAAAAGACAUUUCAGGCCGAGAGCUGCUGUAACUGCAGGAGCACAAGCCUAGCUGCUUCUGCCACACAAUCUCCAUGCCAGUUUAGGGUGAUGAGUAGCUGCGCCCUCCAACUUUACGUAAGAUAUGCCCAGUGAAGAUGAAUCUAAUUGUGAAGAAUUGAUAUAUAUGCCAGUUACUAACUUAAAGUGUAUAGAAUAUUUUAAUAUAUAAUUUUUGUAAAGACUGGGAUUUUUAUACUACAGUAUUUGUAAUUAAUGCGUCUCACUAAUUAAAUUCCUCUUGAAGAAAAUAUGCAAACUAUUAGACACAUGAGUGGUUUCUGAAGUCUAAAGAUUAAAAAAUAAAUGCACUACUCUGGUGUUAUUAGAAUACCUUUUUUGGGUACAUGAAUCCUUAAUCAUUAAAUGGGUACUUUCCAAGCAGUGUUUACAAGGAGCACCUCUGGUUGGUUAUUCCAGCAGCUCCCAUGGAGAGAGCUUCACUCUGCCUUCAUUUAAUUUAUGUGCUUUGCUUUGGGCAGUGCUUGCUUUUUGCACUAGGAGACUUUGAACUUACCUCAUUAUUAUGUUUGUAAUAAUUUGUGUCACUUCCAUGAUGUGUCCGGUAGAGCUAAACAUGUCUUAACCAAAGUUCUGUGGUAUGCAGGUUUGCACAUGCUGAGUGGUCGGCUCUGGUGUAUGUGUGUGCUUAGCUUAGAAUAGCCAGUUACUUUCUUAGAAAACUUCUGGCUUUCAAUCCCUAUUCUCUGCAUCAGUUAACAGUUUACAUCUUGAAACAUUUAUCUUACUGUUGAGGAAUAAGUUGAUGUAUAGCAGACUAGAAUGUUGGUUUUGUGUGUGUACAUUUUUUUGUCUGUUUAGUAUGUGAUUUAGUUUAUUCUGCUUAAAGGCAUCUUCUAUUCUAGACCAGGAGACAGAUAUGAGCCCAUGGUUCUAACAUACGAUUUGCUUCUUUGACAAAAGGGUAGCCUUUCUAUACCAAGUGAUUUGUUAAAAUAAUAAAUCUUUUUACCUUGCAAAUUGCCCAAAUUGUAUUUUUUUCUUCAUUGGCCUACUUCCUUAAGCAUAAGUCAUGUUUCUGUCUCUGUUGCGGGACUGGUGACUGAGAGACCCUGUAGCGGGUGAGUGUGGCUUUGGUGUUGGUAGUUCAUGCCAUGGUAGAACUGCCCCAGUAGAAGGACCCAUCCCGCCAACAUGACUUGCACAUCACGAAGCUGCGCUCCGUGUCACAUACACAUUGUUUUCUCUCUCCGCCACCUUCCACCUCCUUGUUUUGUGUGUGAGGGUACGAUGGAGAUUGAACUCGGGCCCGGGCGACUAGGCCAGGGCUCUAAUGCCAAGCUCACCACCCCCAGGCAGAUGUCUCUUACCACGAGGAUUUACAGUAGGUUAGAGUUCUUUCUUUCCUCUCUAGCUAUAUAACGGUCUUUGUGUCAUGAGCCUCUGUCCUGUGUUCUGAACUUCGGUUCACGUAAGAAGUAAAAAUGUUGUUGAUAUUGCAUGCUUUUAUAAUUAUGUUUUCUAAGAUACUAUAUUGGCUUUAUUUUAGUUUAGCAAAUUAUUUUGGCAAUUUAAGUAGAAAUAAAUUAUAUAUAAACUCAAUCUGUAUUUAAAGGUUAAAAUAAUCAGAUUGCAUGUAUGAGGCAUUUUUGCCCCAUAAUCCAGUAUAUGUAUAAUCAUCUAUAGAGAAGUGAAAUUGUUGACUGAUUCUUUCAGACUUGUAGACUAGCAAAAAUCAGUUCUGCUUAGAGAGUGUCUAAGGGCUUUUAUUUUAAAAUGGUAGAGCUUACAUUUGUUACAUUCUGUCUGGAGUGAUUAGUAUUUAGAGCUCCUGUAGGCAUCUGCUCCUGACAGAGAAACUGCAAGUAGGUGUGGCCUUUGGCCAUUUGAAGUGUAACUGUUGUUUCCUAAGACUGAUUAAAGGCAGUUCUAUGUAUUGUGUACCAAUGAUAUGUAAAAUAAAACCCCCUUUGCUAUAAACAAUGGCAGGUGUUGUUAUUUACUUUGAAUGAUAUAAUCGGAGAGUAGUGGUGGCAGAGCCAGUCUGUGGGAGGCUGAUGUGUGUGUUGCUAACUUAAGGUAGUUGCUAACUUAAGAUGGACUGUCUAGAAAUUGAAGUUAGGUCGUGGUCAGGAGUCAUUUUCUCCAAGAUUUGAUAUUGUGUUACAGCUGUGCUGACCUGCGUGCAAGGAAAACAGACAGAUGGCUCCCAGACACACUCUAGACCUGUUUUCACCUGAAGUCUUUUGUUGACUUUUUGGAGCUUGCUUGCUUUCUCUCUCUGUCUCUCUGUCUCUUGUCUCCU